AUGCCUUUGUCUCAGCAGAUUGUCAUGACCACCUGUUGUAUGACAGUCCUGGUGCCUGCUGGGCACGGAGGUGGGAGGUGCCCCCCAGCUGGAGGCUGGAGCAUCCCCUUGUUCUUUGCCAUAACAUCUGUGAUUAAAGGCAGGAAUUCCAUUUUCAAAACCAAAGCUCAUCACCCAGCUAGAGCAAGGGACAGAGACAUGGCGAGAGGAGAGGAAACGUCCACAGGUUGCCGGUCAAGGAAAUGGAACCCUCAGGUAUCUUGGACUGACUGGUCACAAAAACUUACUGCUUGGAAGAUAAGGGCAUAGCUCCAAGACUCUUCAGGCCUUUGAAACAUUAAUUACCUGGCCCAGCGACCACAUAAAGUGACUUCAGUGAACGCCAAGGCAAUCAGUGAAUAACAUUUUGAUACCUGA